GCAGUGCCGCAUGUCUGAACACGCUGACUCGCACUCACGCGUGUAAGCUUCGUGAUCACAUUUCGCGAGGGUGCCAGACUUCCACCACGUCGUUGUGUGCGGUGCACUGGUCCUUCUCAAUCCAGUCGCUGCCAUCACGAAUGGCCCGACUCGCAUUCACGCAUUCGUUUCAGGCGGUGCGGCCCUUUCUCCGACGCCUAUCUUCCUUUACCCAUCACACAGAUUCGUCAGGCGAUCAAACCGGCGACUGUCAAUACGAUCGCAAAAGAACUCGAAGUUCCAGCCGUGGUCAUAGGAGAUCCAAAGACUUCGGCUCUGACACCACGCUUGACACCUCACACAGCACAUCAUCUACAGCGGCUUCGAAGCUGCGGACGGAGUGCAGCAACGACCUCGUGUCUUCAACAGCCUCCACUGUUGUCUCGGAUCACGACGAUAGUCCAGCUUCGGUCUCACCACCGCCGCCACUGACACCCUCAUCCACUGGACAGGUGGACACGCGACCAGGAAUCUUGUCCAUUGAGCAAGACGGUCAAUCCAAGGCUACGAAAGACCGAUCAUCGCCGCCAAUUGCCCAUCAAAUCGCAACAUCGACACAAGGCGAGAGCAAGGCUGAAGUCUCAACAGGCGCGACGGAAUCGUGUCCGAUUUCGACGGUAAAGCCAGCCUCACCAACAACAAUCCAAGGCGAUAGCACCGAACCUGCGGGUUUGACGACUCUUGGGCAUCGUCGCACCCUCCGACACCACAACCUUCACUGAUCCCAGCAAAACUUUCGGUGUCGCAUCCAGCGAAUAGCACAUCGGCGUCGCCUGUUUCCCACGCACAUGGGCCCGACGGCCUCAACAACGAUUCAUCACGCGUCGCAA